AUGAAUGAACAAAAUUUGGUUAUUGAUUUAUUCGUCAAUCAUCGCACUAAAAACCCACUCAAUGCGCUACUUUUGUUCACCGAUGGUGAAGACAACAAUCCUUGUGAUUAUUCCCAACUAAUGAGAAGAUUACCAGAAAAUACCAAUUGUCACACGUUCGGAUAUGGAUCUGAUCACUCAUCUGCUCUAUUAGUGAGAAUAGCUGAAUUGGGCAAUGGAGGUACAUUCCACCUAUAUUUAAAUGCUUCUGCUUUUGCGACAGCGAUGGCUGGCUUGUUAACAUGUAUAGCGAAACAAAUUCGAGUUGAAAUGGAAUUUUAUAAUGGAAACCAAGUCAUAGAAAGUCUUUCACAUUACCAACAUGAGCCAGAACAAUUACCAUCGGCAAGGGUGAUUGUUAAAUUAAAUGAUCUCAGUAUCGAAGAAAAACGAAAUCUUCUUUUUCGAUAUCAGAGGAACAAAAUAUUCCAGCAUGGAGUCAAACAAUCAAUAAAUCACAACAGAAUCAUAUUAUUGGUUAUGUAUCAAUCACUUAUCUCGAACCAAAUAGUAUAUUCGUCUUUAUCAACUAAACUUUGUCAAGUUAAUCAAGCAGUUGAUAUCCAACGAAAUCGAGUACAAACAGCAGCGGUGCUAAAACAGGCUAUGAGCGAAACUGACUACGAUCGAUCAGUGAAACUUCUUAAAACUCAAGCGAGAAGUAUUCAACGAAGUGCUUCUACACAAGAUCAAUUGUGUCAACAAUUAAUCAGAGCGUGA